UUGGGCAUCUCCAACAUCGAUUUUCUCGGCUUCGCCUCCAAAUCAUGACUUCCAGUACCUCUCGAACGAAUCUACAAAGACCCUUACUUGACCCACAGAACCGCCAAGAUGAGCGAUAGCGACGACAACGAUUUCCAGGUCGAAGAACCCGUACUUGCCGACGAUGAUCCCAUGAAAGCCUUCCUGCCGGCUUCGUUCGGCAAAACAUCAAAAGAAGCCAAUAUCGCCGCUCAGAUCGAGCAGACCAGACGACAGGUCGAAAAGCCGCCGGCGCAGAAGGAAAAGAAAGCCACCUCUGACAGCGACAGUGACUCUGAUGAUUCAGAAUCCGACGAGGAGGAUGUGGCAGAACGAUUUCCGAUAUCGCACGAGAUGGUCCUCACAACCCAUGAUCGUGCGGUCACCAGCAUCGCGCUCGACCCAGCAGGGGCGCGCAUGGUCACCGGCUCAUUAGACGGGACUCUUAAGUUUCACGACUUCGCCUCCAUGACACCUACAACUUUGAGGGCGUUCAAGAGCGUAGAUCCGUGGGAGACCAAGAAGUCCGCUCCAACUGACUCGCAUCCUAUCCAACAUGUCGAAUUCUCCCGGCACUCAGGCAGCGUUUUUCUCUGCGUUACCGCACAUCCACAAGCGAAAAUAAUGUCCAGGGACGGCAGCAUAUUGACCGAAUUUGUCAAAGGCGAUAUGUACCUGCGGGACAUGAAUAACACCAAGGGCCAUGUUGGGGAGGUGACGACAGGCACAUGGCAUCCCUCGGACCCGAAUCUUUGUGUAACCGCUGGGUCGGACAGCACAUUGAGGAUAUGGGAUGUCAAUAACAAGAGGAGUCAAAAGGAUGUGAUUGUUUUCAAGACGAAAGCUGCUGGCUCCGCGGGGCGUACCAGGAUGACGGCCGUUGCAUGGGGUGCCCCUCCUCAGGGGACCAGUUCGGUUCUUGUUGCCGCCGCUUUGGACGGGUCACUGGUCAUGUACAAUGGCAACGGACCGUUUACAAGACCCAUGGCGGAAAUCAGGGAAGCGCAUCGGCCUGAUACUUGGACUGGAGGCAUUGAUAUCAGCGCCGACGGCCGAAUGGUAGUAACUCGGGGCGGCGACGGCUUGAUCAAGCUUUGGGACACACGAAAAUUCAAGGAGCCCCUCGUCAAGGUUGAGCACCCCUCAACUUCCGACCGGUACCCGAUGACCAAUAUCAAGUACUCCCCGAACUCCUCCUCCAUUAUCACCGGGUCUGCAUCUGGGGACCUUCACAUUUUGAACCCGGCAAACCUCAGGCCAGAGCAUGUCACACCAAUAACCCCCGGCGUGCCUCUGAUCGUGGUAGACUGGCACCCAAAACUUAAUCAGAUCAUUACGGGCUCAGCCAACGCCGAGACGCACGUUUUGUAUAGCCCCUCCCUCUCGAACCGCGGCGGUCUCGAAGUCAUGUCGCGCGCGCCCAAGAAGCGACACAUUGACGACGACCCGUCGGCCACGAUGGACCAGAGCAUAGGCAUAUCAGGCGACUCGAUCGUGGCGCCCGGUGCGCUGCUGGGGAACAAGCGCGGAGGCGUCUCGGCGUCGGGCAAGUCCCGCGACCCCCGGCGGCCGCAGGUGAAGCAAAUUACGCCCUUUAUGCGCAGCCAGCCAGACGAGAAGCACAUUUCGGAGAACAUACCCCUCAGCCGCAUGCUGCACGAAGACCCCCGCGAAGCUCUGCUGAGGUAUGCCGACGUCGCCAAGAAGGACCCCGUGUUUACCAACGCGUGGUCCAAGACGCAGCCCGUUACGCAGUAUGCGGACCUGAGUGAUGAGGAAAAUGACGAAGAGCCGGAGAAGAAGCGGGUGAAGAGGUGAUUUAGGAGGAGGGACGGGGAGUGUGAUUAAGU